GUGCGAGUGUUUGCCCCUGGCCGGCGUGCACGCGCGGGUGAUGCGCUAGCCAUGAUCUCGCAGAAACUGUCGUACGGCGACGUGCCGACGUCGGCGUCGCUGUCCUCGCUCUCGCCGGGCCUCGCGCCACCCUACGUGAACGGUAUGGGCUGCAUGCCCGCGCAACCCUAUCCGAACCUGUACGCGAACAACAUGGUAGCCGGAGGAUCCUGCAUGGGAUCCCCAGGAGUGGGAUAUUCACCGCCCAGCACGAUGGCUUCGUGCAUGGGCGGCGGUGGCGUCCCCUACGGAUCUCUGCCGCGGGAACAGGAGGCUGCAUCUCCUACAUCAGCAUUACAACGUGCGCGCAACGAUAAAACCUACCGCCGAUCCUACACGCACGCCAAGCCGCCGUACUCCUACAUUUCCCUUAUCACCAUGGCCAUCCAAAACAGCUCCACGCGGAUGCUCACGCUCUCCGAAAUCUACCAAUUCAUCAUGGACCUGUUUCCGUUCUACAGACAGAACCAGCAACGUUGGCAGAACUCAAUUAGGCAUUCGCUGUCGUUCAACGACUGCUUCGUCAAAGUGCCGCGCACUCCGGACAAGCCUGGCAAGGGUUCGUUCUGGACACUACACCCAGACAGCGGGAACAUGUUCGAGAACGGCUGCUUCUUGCGGCGGCAAAAGCGUUUUAAGGAUGAGAAGAAGGAGUCGAUACGACAAGCACAGAAAGCAGCGCACCCACACGGGCCGCACGGGCACGAGAAGCGCGGAGAGCAUACACACGAGAAGGCGCCUGCUGAGGAGAAGGAGAUGCGGGAUGAAAUGAUGGCGCAUCUGCAGGUCGCGUCUGAACUUUGCUUACCGGAGCAUACUCCGCUAGCGCUCGAGCACUAUGCGGGCCUUAAACAGGAGCCGGCGGGAUACGCGCCGCCUCCUCAUCCCUUCAGCAUUACUCGAUUGUUGCCCGCAGCGGAUACUAAAACGGACCUGAAGAUGUACGACGUCAACUACGGCUACGGGCACGCGCCAGCCGAGAACUAUUACCAGUCGCCGCUAUACCAUCACCACCAUGCGCACACGCAGCCGCCCUUGUGACAAUACCCGUUGGCGUAGACGCGCCCAAACUUUCACGCUACCAACAAAAUCUCAUUCUGAUAUUGGACUCCGAGUGAGCUAUGUUUUGGUGAUAUUGGAAGUUCCCCGCCCCGAUGAUGGACAAUUGUGUAAAUAUUUGCUUUCCAAACAAUCCGUAAGUUGUGCGUUUUUAGUAGUUAGAUGUCUAGUGCACUAGGAGGGGCGGGUCGCGUAGGCCUAAAUCACGAGAGGCUUUCCGCGAAAGUGUCUUUUGUAGUCCUUCAGAUCGUCUCCAAAGUACGUACCGACUCUUUUCUUUACAUAAAUUGAAGUAUAACGUUUUUUAUUUUUCUUUCCAAAGUUUUAUUAUAGUGGAGCUUUUCCCGCCUAAAUAUAUUUGAUACAUAGCGGGCAGAUAAUGGUAAUCUCCUGCUUAAUGCGAUCAAUACGAUACGUUAUCGUACAUCGUGUCGGUCGUUAGAUAAAUACCUCGUUUAAUGCGCGUUGAAGUCUUUUCCAUUUUAUUAUCUAAAUAAAUAAACACUAGCUUUGUUGCAUUGCUAUAUAAAAUAAUCUUACAAUAGAAUAAAUAUUUAUUUUCUCUAAUUAUUAUUAAAUGUUACUUUAAGGUAGUUGAGUUUAUUGGUUUAAUUAUUUGAUAUUUAAUUUAAAAAGUAAAACCGUAUUAUUUAAAACAAUGUGCAAAAUAAACUUAAAGUUUUUGGAUAAUUAGAUAUCUUUUUUAACUGUUUUACUAAGUUAAAAAUCAAUAGAUUAAGGCUCAAACGAUUUUUAAAUAAUAAAUAAAUCAGAUGUUAAUGUUCAAAGAAACAUUGUAUGUAUUUUAUUUAAAAAAUACUGCACAAAUUCCAUUAUAACAAUUUGUAAUUUAGGCAUUAUCAACUGCAAUAGAAUGCGUUAUUUUAAUUUAUAAUUUACUAUUCGGAACAUCGAAAAUAUUUUAUGUUGUACUAUAAAUACCUUAAUUUGUAACAAUUUUAUAUUUUUAUCGAUUGAGUCUUUACAACCAGAAUUUAUAACUUAAAUUAGAAGAAGUACGAAUAAUAUUAAAAUACGUUUUAAAUACAAGUAAUAAUCAUCCUCAUAUUGCAUAUUCUUUAAAUAGUAAAGGUAAAAUGUAUUUAUUUAAGAAGGAAAAAUUUCUGAAAGUUAUUUAGUCUCAUGGAAAAGACUUCAACGCUCGAAAGACUUGUUUAAACUCGAUUUAUAACAAUGUUUCCUUAUAAUAAAUUUAGUUUCACGUGUUGAUAAUUUUUUUUCUAAUUCUGAAUCGAGUUGGCUAACUGCGGAGUGUGAAGUGACGUCAUAUCGUGGACCGUCGGACUGUGCAAUGUUGUUGUGUAACAAACGUGUAUAAAUAUAAUAUACUUAGAUAGGUGAAAUGGAAUUAUAGUACUAUUGACCAUCGCGUUAGAAUAAGUUCUGUAUAUAUAGCGUCUAAGUUUCAAAAUGCAGUGUCCGCGCGAGGUUGGGUAAAACGAAACGGGAUAUGUGGUUCGAAUAUAUAGAUUUAUAAAGGGCAGGAAUCUCUGUUUUAACUGUUAUAACCGAAUAUAACAUAAAAAAAUAUCAGCGAAAUUUUAAAUUGUUUUCAAUUAUCAUUACUGAUCGGGGUACAGUUUUUAUGUACUUACCUAUUUUUGCCCCUGUUUCUUUAUAUCGCAACGCUUAGGGCACACUGUAUAUUUACUAUAUUAUGGUGUUUGGUGUAAGAUAGGUUCCUACCACAUCUCCUACACAUUCCGUUCGAAACAUAUAUUUAUAUGCAAGUGUAAAUUUAGCAAAGUAAAACUAUUUUUGGCAGGCGUAUAUGAUGAUCGAGCACAGAUUAUAUUAAUUUCACUAGGUGAAUUGUUUAUUAGCAAAAUGCUUACUGUCCAC